CUUAGAGAUGAUUUGAACAUGAAAUGUGGCGCAUUGGAUGCCCCCCAAACCCAAUUGACUGCCACCGAUUUGGACGUUAUCCACACACCAUGUGAAUAGUAAAGGUUCAAAGGGAUUCUGAAUAAACAAUUCCAUGGCGUCUUCUUCGUGCUCUUUUGCGGUCCCCACAUUCUCCUGCGACAGUAGAAGCUCCACUCGCGUUUUACCUCAUCGUCACUUCACGCGCCUCAUAGCGCCACAGGCGGAAGGUGGGAGAUCCGCCGCGUUGCGUUGGAAGCGGAAGGUCAAGAGGAAUGGCAGCUUCGUCGUUUUCAGCAAAAGUCGGCAAGAAAACGCGUUGCAGUACAAGAAACUCGGUGACUCCGACCUCGUCAUUAGUGAAAUCACUCUUGGCACUAACACAGAGAAAGAAGCCCAUGAGCAACUUAGUUACUCUUUUGAGCGUGGAAUUAAUGCUUUAGACACUGCAGAAGUGUAUCCUAUCCCAUUAAAAAAGGAGACACAAGGACGGACUGACCUUUAUAUUGGAAGGUGGCUGAAGUCUCAAUCCCGUGAUAAGAUUACAUUGACUUACUCCAAAUACACUGGUAAACUAUUUAGGCCAGAUCGUUAUGUUCCGCUCUUUGGAGAAUAUUUUUAUACUACUUCAAAUUGGAGGUCAAGCGUGCCCGUGGCUGAGCAGCUGAGGGGCUUUCAAGAACUGAUUGAUCAAGGGAAGAAUCAGCAUUUUCAGGAUACAGGGUACUGUGCACCAAAUGCUAAUCUUAUUGAUUUCCAUUUCAAAGAGAAAGAUGAACAUAUCUUGUUUGACCCAGCUUAUUUCUCUCAGACAACUGAAAACAAAAUGCGACAAGUGAGGUACAUUGGUGUUUCCAAUGAAACAUCCUAUGGGGUAAUGGAGUUCGUACAUGCAGCUAAAGUGGAAGGGUUACCAAAAAUAGUCAGUAUCCAGAACAACUACAGUAUGCUAGUUAGGUGCAAGUUUGAACUUGAUCUUGCUGAAGUAUGCCAUCCUAACAAUUGCAACAUUGGGUUGCUCGCUUAUUCUCCUCUAGCGGGCGGAGCAUUGUCCGGUAAAUAUCUAGAUAUUCAUUCUGAAGCUGCAAAAAGAGGGAGGUUGAACUUAUUUCCUGGCUACAUGGAAAGAUACAACAAGUCUAUGGCCAAAGAUGUCACGGCCAAAUAUGCUGAUGUGGCCAAGAAACAUGGGAUGAGCCUUGUUGAGUUGGCACUUGCAUUCACAAGAGACCGACCAUUUGUUACUAGCUCGAUAAUAGGUGCAACCACAAUGGACCAACUAAAAGAAGAUAUCGAUGCCUUUUUGACGACUGAGCGGCCUUUGCCACCUGAAGUUAUGUCUGAUGUCGAAUAUGUUUUCAAGAGGAAUAAAGAUCCAGCUAUCGAUUAGGUUGGCUGGACUAUUUGAACCUAUAGAGCAGACUCAGCAGGAAAGACCUAUCAGGUUUGCAUUGAUUUCAAAAAUAUUGCCAUGUCGUCCCAAUUAAUUGUUAGCUAGAUCUCUUGUAUUAAAUUGAAGUGAUUAGGACCAAGGGCAUAUAUCUGGAGAAAAUUUGUCUGAAUGGAAGUUAUAAUAGUUUCAAAUCUUGUAAAACUAGUACGACACCCUUGCAUUUCGCAGUUUGAUAUUAAAAAUGACGUUGAUAAAAAUAUUAUUUAUUAGAUUUUAAAAUAUUUUCCUAAAUAUAAUAUUAGUUGUCGAUGAAUUGUAUUCAAUAUCACUAUUAUUAUCAUAAAUAAUAAUCACAAACAACAUGGAUAUGUGACUCUAAAAACAACAUAUAACUGAUUGUGACUCUUUUGAUCCAAUUUUUUUUCUCUCCUUAUCAUUCAGAAAAGACAAAAAAAUUUCAGGAUAAUAAACAUUGGCUAGAAUUUCUCCUACAUAAUAU